AUGUUUAAUCAACUCGGUGGCGGCACUAACAACCCUAACAAAGAUGUUGAAGUCACAUCUCCACCGGACGACACAGUCUCAUCGCUAGAAUUCUCUCCACCGUCCGUUCCACAAACCUUCCUUGUAGCCGGUAGCUGGGACUGUCGUGUAAGAUGUUGGGAGGUGGAGGCAUCGGGCAAAACUGUGCCUAAAGCAGCACAGGCCAUGGAUGGACCCAUUUUGGACGUUGCCUGGCAUGAUGAUGGCACCAAAGUGUUCAUGGCCUCUACCGACAAAAGUGUCAAAUGCUGGGACCUGGCUGCUAAUCAGUGUGUACAAGUAGCUGCACACGAUGCUCCUGUGAAGACUUGCCACUGGGUCAAAGCACCGAACUACAAUUGCCUUAUGACCGCAUCCUGGGACAAAACUCUCAAGUUUUGGGACACACGCAGCGCGGUGCCCGUGAUGACGAUGAACCUCUCGGAACGUUGUUACUGCGCCGAUGUGGACUAUCCAAUGGCGGUGGUGGGUACUGCAGACCGGGGUAUCUGUCUGUACACGCUGGAAGGCAAGCCGGCGGAGUUCAAACGCGUGGAGUCUCCGCUCAAGUACCAACACCGUUGCAUCGCAAUCUUCCGAGAUAAGAAGACCAAGCAGCCGACUGGAUUCGCGCUUGGCAGUGUGGAAGGCCGUGUGGCCAUACAGUACGUGAACCCCGUCAACCCUAAGGAUAACUUCACCUUCAAGUGCCAUCGAACGGGAGCUGGCACAACUGGGAGUUUCCAGGACAUCUACGCGGUGAACGAUAUCGCGUUCCACCCGGUGCACGGCACGCUGGCCACGGUGGGCUCGGACGGCUCGUUCUCGUUCUGGGACAAGGACGCGCGCACCAAGCUCAAGUCCUCCGAGACGCUGGACCAGCCGCUCACCAAGUGCGCCUUCAACCACAGCGGACAGAUCUUCGCGUACGCCGUCGGAUACGACUGGUCCAAGGGCCAUGAACACUUCAACCCAGCCAAGAAGAACUACAUAUUCCUGCGGCCGUGCUUCGAUGACCUUAAGCCACGCACCACUUGA